AUGCUGUUGCUGAAUGCCCAUGCCCUGCCAUUGGAGCACUUGUUGGAGCUCUUGGCCACGCGCGGCUGUGAUCUGGGAGAGUGGGCUCGCGUGAGCGGUGAUCCAGGGCGCGACGCCACCACCAAGGCUCGGGCGCUGGACCUUUUCCAAACUCAUCUUGCACCGCGUCCGCAACGUGCCCCGCGACGCCGAACGCGUAAAAAGCCUGGCAAGCGUCUGGCCGAUGCUUCGGAAAACCUCAGUCAACUCUCGCUGAGCGAGAGUGUGUUGGCUGGUCCACCAAGAACACCACAAGCUGCUAAGCGAAGCAAGAUUGAUCAGCCGCAACAGCGUGAUCCCAAGGGAGCUAUGGCCAGGGACGACCAAUUGUGCCCAUUUCCUGGCCUUGAUAACCCCAUGACCGCCGUGGUCCUUGUUCUUCAACAACGCUGUCUCUCUUCCGCCAUCCCUAUAUUCCUUCCUCUCUCUCUCCUCUCUCUCUCUCCUCUCUCUCUCUCCUCUCUCUCUCUCCUCUCUCUCUCUCCCCGAUUGAUUCUUGGUCAUGGUUGGCUGUAA